AUGGUGGCGGUGGUGGGGUGCCAUGCUUUCUGCGAUGUGGUUGUAGGAUACAGAAGAUGCUGGAGAAGAGAACAGAUCAGCCGGCUCCGGGAGGGACCGAUUCUUGGGCGGGGAGGAGGGCUGCUGGGAGCGCCAGGCUCCGGCCCGGAGGGCGCGCACUGGCCAGGGGCCGCCUGCGCGGAGCUGUCCAGCACCCGAGGCGGGGCGCGCGCCCCCCGCCCGCCCCAGCCGCCCGCACCCGCCCUGCCAGCGCCACUGCGGCUCGGCGGGCGCGUCACGUGGCUGGCGCGGCGCGGCCUCCGGGCUCGGGCGGGCUAG